UGUGUCACUUUAUGUAUUCAUAUUCAAUGUAAUAAUAAUGCAGUGCAUGUGGGUGUUUACUGUUCGUAAGCAAUUAUAUUACCAUAUGAUUUGUACCUUACUAUUUCAUUAUUUCGCUGUAUAUAUAUUCCUUUUGUCUAACAUUUCGUCAUACGUGUCAUGCGAGAAUAUGUUAAUAGACGUCAGACUAAGGCCACGCCUCCCCAAAAAUGGGAAAAAGUUAGAGAAGCGUUUCGGUUGAGCGGCGGAGCUGGUGAUCGAGUGAAAAAUGGUUCUGUAUGCUGAACUGCUAACAUGAUGGGCCAACAUUCAGUCAUCUUUGCCUUACUUGUUUCCAUAGGCUUUGUGACUGAAGGCUCUGCUGUAGAAUCCCUGGUUGUGUCCCUGAAAGGCACUGCUGUCCUGUGCUGCUAUGGGCCCGAGUUCACGGGCUCUCCUGCUGACCAGCAACAUUUUAAGUGGACAUCUGGUGGUCAACUUGUUGCCCAGUGGUCCCAGGGGCAGUUCACAGCAGGCCCUGGGUACGAGGGCAGAGUCCAGCUCUCUGAGAAACGGGUAGAGGAUGGAAACUUCUCUCUCACCAUCUCACCUGUUGAGUACAAUGAUGAAGGUUUAUAUGACUGUUUCACAGGGUCUAAGCAUCUUGCUGCAGUGACAGUAGAUGUUUUAGUGUCUGUCACAAUAUCUCUAUGGGUAGGGGACCCCGUCACUCUCCCCUGCUAUGCCAAUGUCAACAAGCAGACGGAUGACAGUCAGCUUAACGUCCGUUGGGAGAAAGACGGAGAAACUGUGCUGCAGGUUCAAACUGGCACAGUUAACACAGGCUCCAGGUUCAGAAAUCGGGUCAGUGUGUCUCCAGACCGUGUUCGUCUGGGUGACCUGUCACUGACCUUCAGCAUGAUACGUAUCUCAGACAGAGGAGCCUAUCAGUGCUUCUUCAAAGACAAUAAAGGAACACCUGAUGGGAUCAUCCUCAGUGUUGCAGCUCAUCAGUCAAACAUCACCAUCCAGCCAUCUGAGUCCCUCCUCCUGCCGCUCCACAUUGUAGAACCAGUCCGUGUUCUGUUCAGUUCUGGUGGCUCCACCAGUGUGCCCGUGUGUACUGUGGAGGGAGAUUCUGUAGACUGUGGACCUCAGUACCAACACAGGGCGUCUGUCCACAACUCAACUCUCAUGCUGGAAUACACAACAACAGCUGACAGUGGUGUGUACAGAGUGAUGGACAACAGGACCAACAACACCAUCAACACUGUGUUUGUCAGUGUUACUGUUCUUCGUUCAGAGCUCAUCUCAGCUGUGAUUUUGCUGUUCAUCCUGGUCUCGCAAAUGUUGGUGAUUUUAAGGCUAACAUGGUUAUGGCACAGGUCAGAUAUUCGGAAGAUGCGUUGUGGAACAAGGCUGAUGCUCCUGUUACUGCUGCUCACUGUGGGGCUUGUGCUUCUAGGGCUUUCCGUGACAGUGAUGGUAAAACCUGGGUGGAAGAUGAAUUUUGCGUUUGGUGUGAAUAGGGGCCUGUUCAUUGUCUUCCAGAUGGUCAUAAUAUAUUCAAAUCUGGGAAUGCCCUGGAGAAGGACUGUGGUCAUACUGAAGCUGCUGGUGUUUCUGGUGCUGUUGGGUCUCUUGGUGACAGUGAAAGUAAAACCUGUGUGGAAGGAGUUAAAUGUGGUAUUUUGCCUGGGGCUCCUGGUGUUUGUCCUCUUCCAGGUGCUGUUAAUAUACAUGACUGUGAAAGAUGCCUUCAGUGUGAUAAGGCUUCUGCAGGACAAGACCCAGAGAGAGCGAGAAACAUUGCAAUCGAUUCUGCUGGCGCAGCUGCAGUGGCUGAUUUUACUCCUGCUGUUGGGGUUUCUGGAUUUGGGAGCUUCAGAGGUGGUGGUGAUAAUGGGCUUGCGGGAGGGCCUGUCUUCAGGGCUUCUGUUGGGAAUGACUGUGGGGAUGGGGCUGGGUGUGAUCCUGAUCCUGAUCAUUUUAAGAAAGCGCUAUCUGGUGUCCAAACCAAAGAGAACGGAGAACAAAAAUGCACAGUUGGAAUUCUUGAAAAGAAGCACAGAAACUGUUGCUGACCCGACCUGAGUUUCUGAAUGUUUAUUUCCAAGAAACUUACAGAAUUAAAUUACCUGCAAUCAUUUACCCACUUGGAUACUUUUUUACUGGAUACAUUUACAUACCUUGCUCAGGGAUGCUACA